GCCAUUGUCGCUGCAGUUGUUGUUUUGCAAACACAAAAAAAGUGGCGCACAGCCAUGGCAGAAGUUGAUUACAGACGUUAAGCAGAAAGCUUCGCGCCAAGGUGACACGAAAGAAGCAAGUAACACGUGCGCAUGCGCGCGCACGCAAAUAAACAAAUGCACACGCGCAAAAACUCUUACAUGGCACACGUAGACAAACAUGCACACGAACGCGCCCAUACAUAAACAAAAAUGUACAAAAAAUGCGUAUAAAUGCCAGUCAGAGGAUAGAACGAAUGAAAAUGAUUGCGAUAAUUAAACUCGCAUUCUUCAUUUGUUGUUCUCCGUUACUAUCUUUACAGUGCCGCGACGGUUGUGACAAGUGGCGGUAUCCUUCGUCAUGUGAUCAUGUUUGCAAUAAGACCACCUCGUCUCAUGGAAAGGACCUAUUCUGCCUCAUGGGAUGCAACCUGGCAGUCACGGAAUACCUGCGACACAUCAAAGCACAAAUCGGCCAGCCACCGCCACCCUACCUGGUGGCCGACUCGCGAACCCACGACACGGUGACCAUCCGCUGGAAGGCGUCGCAGCUGGCGCCCAACGUCACCUACCUGGUGCAGUGGAAGUACGAGGCCCUGCCCAGCGACUGGGAGUACUACCGGCCCGACCUGCCGCUCGCCAAGAACGUGCUGCGCGUUCAGGGGCUCCGACCCUACACCAAGUACAGGUUCCGAGUUGCCUGGAUCCUUCUGCCAAACCAGGGUCCCUUGUUUUCGCAGCCAAGCGUUGUGAUAUCUACAGAACCCCGCGGAGUUCCUUCCACCCCACCAAAGAUCACCAGCCUCACAACUGUCGGCCCUCGAAGCAUCGCGGUCAGUUGGGACCCUCCGCUGUUCCCCAAUGGGCCAAUCCUUUCCUACGCUCUCUAUCUCGUGGAACACCCCAGCGGCUUCACAACGGUCAAGGAUGUCUCGGACGUGUCUGGAGGCCUGUACUUCAUGUUCAGCGGCCUUCGACCGGAAGUUCUGUACACGGUGUCCGUUGCUACUAACAACAAUCUCGGCAUGGGACCGGCUGACAAGCGCAACAUCACAACACCUCCGCAGAGCGUGAGCAACAUGAUACCGAUUCCCGAACCGUACCUCAUCAUCGCCACAAAGCGGCAAGUGCUGAGACAAGGGCUGAGCAUCAUGGACGCAGCGGUGGCAGAAUUCUACACACCGUCGCAUUCUGUUGAGAUAGUUGGCGUCGCCAUGUACGUGUCUCAGAACGUGCUCUUCGUGGCGGACAGCUCGGGCACUAUCUAUCGCGUUGACCUCUCGGAAAAGUUUCGCUACAGCCCGAUCAUGCACAACGCCUCUAGUCAUCCAGGUCUCCUAUCAGUCGAUUGGUUGAGUCAACUGCUCUACAUAGUAGAAGACGGCCAGAUAACCCGGUGUAACUUCACUGGGCAGGAUUGCCGAACGGCCGUGUGGGGAUUUGAGCAGAGACCAAGCGAAAUGAAGGUUGAUCCCUAUAAUGGCUACCUUUACUGGGUCCUCCAAAACGGCACCACGGGGGGCCUCUACCGCAUCGACCUGGCGCGCAUUCUCAAGAGCGCCGCGGCGAGGCACGACGCGCAGCUGCUGGUCAAGGACACCGACCUCAGGACGUUCGUGGUCGACUACAAGAACUACCGUCUGCUGCUGCCGAAGAAGUCGCAGAACACCGUCGUGUCCGUGUCGCUCUCGGCGGGCGACGAGACCGACGUGCGCCGCAACUCGCAGCGCCACCAGUUCACCGACGUGCGCCGUCUGGACGCGCACGGCGGCAACCUGUACUGGACCACGGCCGCCGAGGCCUUCGGCGAGGAGUACCACGACAAGGGCGACAAGUUCUACCACAACAAGUACACCCUCGAGGGACAUCCGCUCGUCUACCUGGGCGUGUUCCACCCGCUCUCCCAGCCUUUCCCGGUUCCUGUCAACCCAGUCCAAGGAGUGCAAGCCAUUUUCAAGGAGGAUCUAGCUAAGAUCGCUUGGGAGAAACCGCGACUUCUUGGGGGAUUAGGCGCCGGCGCAUGGCAGCAGUGGCUGUACGAAGUUCGCGUGCAGGACCAGUCGACGCAGGUGUACAUCUACGCGAUGAACAUCAGCGACACGACGACCACGGUGCGCAACCUGCGGCCUGACACCGCCUACUCGGUCAAGGUGCGCGCCUACAGCCCCGGUGGGAGGGGACCGUGGUCCGUCGACUUCGUGGGACGCACACUGCGCAAGCCCUCCAAGCAAGGCUUCCCCUACAUGCUGUGGAGCGCCAACGAAGCUCUGCUCAAGUCCGACAUCGUCGGCGACAGCGUGCAGCCACUGAUCCACUGGAGUAGCCUCAACGGAGCCUACAUUACAGACAUCGCCUGGUAUCAGAACCAACUGUUCCUGAACACUAACACAUCAGCGGUCUACACGUACAACGUGUCGUCCCACUUCUCCCUUGAGCGACUGCCGAACAUAACCCACGCGGCUGCCGUGGCAGUCGACUGGCUGGCACCGAAACUGUACUGGUCGAGUCCGCUCAGACAGAUGAUAUCCCGUUCCAACCUGGACGGCACGCACCCCGAAGCGCUUCCUUUUUUAACGAUGGCUCAAGAGAUAGCCGUGGACUCGCUGGCCGGCUAUCUCUACUGGGCCACCUCGCACAGCGUGGAAUGCUCCCGCCUCAACGGCGACGACAGGCUUUCUUUCUUUCAGACUGGGCUCUUCUCCGGAAAACAAGUUAUGGGCCUAACGCUAGACGUCGGCAACAAAAAGGUGUACUGGAUGGUUAGGAGCUUCGAAGGGUCCAAGCUUUUUCAAGCGCCUAUGAGAAAAGAUGUCCAGGACAACCACAUCGCCGGGAAGAUCAUUGGUCCUCUUAGUGAAAGUGAAAUGAAAGGACCGGUGUGGUAUUUCAGCGACCGUCUCUACUGGAUCCACCAAGAGAAGCAAGCGGUAAUUUCGAACAUGCUCGGUCAGAGCGUCGCCACGCUCAAGGGACUGGGUCUCUUUGAACUCAAGGCUCUGGCAGUGGUCGACUCAUCACUGCAGCCCUAUCCAGGUGGCAUGGACAGAGCGGUGGUUAACGUCGUCCCAUCGCAAAUAAUGCCGGAAGGAAUUCAGGUGAUCGGCACCUGGGAAAAUUUCACGAUCAUCUGGCCCUUGGAGAGCGAUGUUAACUACGGAAAAGUUCACUAUGAGCUCAGGAUCAAGGACGACCGCGAGGUUUACACACAGGUGACCGAAGCAAAUCGCUUCGUGUAUCCAUCGUCCAGUCUUCUGAGACCCUACACUCGCCUGGAGAUUGUUGUGAGGGCUUACACAUUUUGGGCCUCCUCGCGACCGACGGCUACCGUGAUUUAUUCGCCAAUGUCAGUGCCCACGGAGCCCCUGCAACCGCGCGUGUUCGUGAGCCACAAGUCGUCGCCGCUGCGCCAGCGCUCCGUCAUCGAGGCCGAGUUCCGCUGGGCGCGGCCGCAGCACCCGAACGGCGUGAUCGAGAGCCACCGGGUCAACUGCUGGUUCUACAAGGACGGCAGCGUCAGCACCCUGUGCCACAACGUUCGCGUCUCCGGGGACGCCCUUCACUACCGCAUCACCGACCUGCUGCCGAACACCACCUACUACUUUCAGGUCAGUGCGUCGACUCGCGCCGGGGAGGGCCCGAUGAGCGAGAUGGUGCAGAUGAGCACGGCCCGCGAGCACCCCGUGCCUCGGCUGCUGCUCGCCAAGGCCGACGCCGUCAAGCUCAGCGACGUCGACCUGCACCAGGAGCGGCUGCUCUCGAGCAAGGCCAGCCGGCCCGUGGCGCUGGCCUACCUGGGCCGGGACGGGCGCGUCUUCUGGCUCGAGGAGAAAGGGCUCCUGAUGGCGUCGGCGCUGGACGGAUCGAACAUCAGCGUGGUGCACAGCCUUCCGUCGGCGGGUACGAGCCUCGCCAUCGACUGGGUCGGUCGGUACCUCUACUGGACGGAGAAUAAGCGUUCCACUGGGCAGAGCUCCAUCAUCGUCAUGGACCUCAACCGAGGACACAACUUCUUCAGCGUCCUGAACAGCAGCGAACACAUCAACUCCGUCGAAGUCGACCCUUUCACCAGCACGCUCAUCUACACUGUGACCAACGAACGUGGCUCGACGACACUCAUGACGUGCAACGCGGAUGGCUCGAACCCGCGCCGGUUCUUCCAGCGGCUGCACACAGCGAAGAACGAGCUCUUCCAGUCGUCCAGGAUCCGGAAGCGGCGCGACCGCUACUCUUGCACGUGCGACCCGCACUCGUCCGUCGGGCAAGCGGUCACCCUGGACAGGUCGGUCCAGACUGAACCUCGGCUAUUGUGGGUAGACGGCGACUACGGUCACGUGUGGUCGGCCGACUUGGAAGGCUGCAACUGCACCAUGAUUGUCAACGCCACCGAGGUCAAGGACGUCGGCUUGCCACCGACGUGCCUCACCGCUGACAAGUUCUUCAUCUACUGGUCCAACUCGUCGACGGGCAAAAUUUACAGCUACGACAAGUCCAAGUCGGCGGUGGUCUCGGACUCGUCCCCCAACGGCGCCAGCACGCACGGCCAACAGAAGCGGCGUGUCCAGUCCGAGGCUGCUCGAGGCAUCCGGGGCAUACGGGCCAUCGGCGACCACCUCCAACCUUAUCCUGACGCUGAGUGCUUGUCACCUCCGGACAACGUGACCGCGCCGACGCUCGUUUCGUCCUCUUCGCACGAGUUGGUCAUCAAGCUGCCAGAGCCCGUGAGACCCCCAGUUUGCCAGAAGGUCUCGAUGGCCUCCAUCAAGUACACGCUGUUCUACGGCCUGAUCACGCCGGACAACGUGUGGCAGUGCUCUGAGUCUCUCUAUGGCUGCAGGACGCUGGAAACGUACAACACAACGGUUAUCCUCAAAGAUCUUCUUCCGUUCACAAACUACACAGUUCGAGUGGCAAUGAGCAACUUCUAUAGCAUUGGAAUGUCGAGUCCCGGACCGAACGCCAUCUUCCUUACUGCGGAAGGAGCUCCCAGUGAACCGAUCCUGGUGCAAGUGGAGCCCUUGACUCCUACUCGCAUAGCGGUCCAGUGGCGGCCUCCGAUUAAGCCCAACGGCCACCCGUUGUCGUACGAGGUGCGCUGGUACCGCGACGGCAGCGUCCACAAGUGGCACUCCAUGUCCUACCUAACGGGCGCGCCGACCGAUGACCGUUCACUGAGUUACCGGAUGCUGCUCAAGGAGAUGGUGCCUGGCACCAAGUACAGCAUCCUGGUGAGAGCCUACUCCCGGAAAGGUGACAUGCAUAGCGACAGCGAGUUGCGCUCCGUCACUACCUUCGACUUGCCCUCAAACCUCACGCUAGCUCGUGUGACCUCGCGUGAAAUGGACCUCACGUGGACAGCACCGAGUGAACCCGUCAUUCUGAGCCACAGGGUCGAGUACCUGAAGCCGAGCACCUCCGAGUGGCGCUACUUCACGAGCGAGGCGACGCAGGCGAACCGAACCUACAUCUACCCGCUGCGCAAGCUCCUGCCGAGGACCCGCUACUCGCUGCGCAUGGUGCUCACCUACCGCAGCUCGCUCAACGACAGCUUCCCGUGGCCCCCGACGGGACACUUCGGCUUCCAGACGCUGGCCGACAGCCCGGGCAAGGCGGCGCCGCCCGAGGUGUUGCUCCUGGGAAAGGACCUCUUCCAGGUGCGCUGGGAGGACGUGCCCCGCAACGGCGGGGAGCUGCUCCUCUACGAGCUGCAAGUCAGGGCUGUGGACCUUGUCGCCGAGCAGCGAUCGGAUGACGGCAGCACACCGACCGUCCCCAGUGAAUCUGCCUGGGUCACGGCUUACAACAGCAGCGCCAACCAUUGGAUCAUACGAGACCUGCAGGUUCAGCACCAAUAUGUGUUCCGGGUUCGGGCCCUGAACGAGUACGGCGAAGGAGAGUACAGCGACCCCAGCGAACCGUUCACACUACCAGAGCCCGGAGCUGUUAUCGGCCUUGAGUACAACCCUGUCAGGAAGAUCAUUGUCUUUGCGUUCCUGGGCGUCCUGUUGUUCGCCAGCGUGCUUGUACUAUCUCUGUACAUCGUCUACAAGAGGAGACAGAAGGAAAAGAAAGUUCUCCAGGACAACGGUCGGGACCACCGGCCCGACCUUGAACUGGCAACGCUAAGUGAACUGCCUCGAAACGGGAAUUUUAUUCAGCAGAACAACGCCCUGUACGCCCUCGGAGACCUGCCUGUAGACGAAGAACUCGCUUCUGUGCCCCUCAUAGAAAGGGACCAAAUAAUACUUACGAAGUUCUUGGGAAGCGGAGCCUUCGGCGAAGUCUACGAAGGAAUAGCCCACAACCUCGGAGGAGAAGGCAUGCCACCGGCGAAAGUUGCUGUCAAGAACCUUCGAAAAGGCGCCACGGAGCAGGAGAAAGCUGAAUUCUUGAAGGAGGCAAAGCUAAUGAGCAACUUCAAGCACGAACACAUCCUGAGGUUACUCGGCAUAUCCCUGGACAACAGCUUGCAUUUUAUUAUCCUUGAACUCAUGGAGGGAGGAGACCUUCUGUCCUACCUGCGAAGCAAUCGACCAGUAGCUGGAGAGAGGUCGCCACUGACACUAAAUGACCUUCUCAGUAUAUGCGUCGACGUAGCCAAGGGUUGCAAGUACCUUGAAGACAUGCAUUUCGUGCACAGGGAUCUUGCGGCGAGGAACUGCCUCGUGUCGAGCACGGACCCCGCCGAGCGUGUCGUGAAGAUCGGAGACUUCGGCCUGGCGCGUGACAUCUACAAGCACGACUACUACCGCAAGGAGGGUGAAGGACUGCUGCCCGUGCGCUGGAUGCCGCCGGAGUCGCUCGUGGACGGCGUCUUCACCAAUCACUCGGACGUCUGGGCAUUUGGCGUCCUUCUGUGGGAAGUCAUGACUAUGGGCCAGCAGCCUUACCCGGCCAGAAAUAACCUCGAAGUCCUCCACUACGUCCGCGAGGGAGGGCGUCUUGACAAUCCGGACAACUGCCCCGACGACCUCCAUGACCUCAUGCUUAGGUGCUGGUCGUACAAUCCGGAAGGCAGGCCCGAUUUCGCGUUUUGCUUGGAGACCCUGGAGUUUCUGCGAGAGAAAUACCAGGCUCUCGUAAGCAUUGCCACGGCUGUCCACAAUUCCAACUAUCUUGGACAGUCCUUCAUGGGUGGCAUUGACAAUUUGGGUUACCAGGGAGAGCGUUACCCACCACCGGUCAGGUCACCGCAACCAGGUCCUAGCAAAGUUCUCAGCACUCCUGAGCAGAAUUCACUGCUUCUGGCUCAAGAAUCAGACUGCUUGAGCAUUUCCAGUGAUCCGGCGGCGACACAGUUGCCACUGCUGCAGCACCGUCGGUACAACGCGACGCCCCUGAUGCCGGAAAUCGCCGACAACGCGACGCGGUACCUGCAGCUGCUGUGCGACAGCGAGCCGGCGGUCGACGCCGACGGCUACGAAGUGCCGCUGCCGCUGCCGCCGAACCACGUCCACGCCUUCCGGCAAGCCGGAGGCGACGGCAGCGUCGGCUUCGAAACGUCUUCUCUGAGGCUCACCUCGAAGCCCCGAGCUCCUCUUCCCGUGGCGGCCACGCGGUCCUCGCGCCCGAAGGCAACGCCGCCGCCCGCGCUAUCGCUUCCCAGCUUGUCGCCGCCCGCAGUUCCCAGGGCAAACAACACUAAUUCCGGCAAGGAACAGAGCAGGAGCAGGGAGUCGCUCCUGGACGCCGACCAACGCCAGUGCAACGGCGACGGGAGCAGCGACUGCGGCCGGAGGUCGCCCACCGUCACGUCGGCGCUGCUCAAGUCGCCCAAGAGCAGCUGCUCGGAGUCGGACUCCGUGGAAGGGGCGGCGGCGGGGGCGUACGACCCGAUCGAGACCCUCAAGGAGAUCUUCACACGCGGCGGCGGCCGAGGCAGGGAGGCGGCGGACGCGCAGGGCUGGUCGCUGUCCACCUCCUCGACGGCGCCCUGCACGCCCUGCACGACGAGCGGAGACGACUCGGCGCCCGCGAGCCACCGCAACAGUGGCAGCGGAAUCUCGUCCCUCUCGGCCUCGUCGGCCAUGGAGUUGGACUACAUGCCCAAGUCGUCGUGGUGCUGAGAGCCUUGUGCUUGUGUGUGUGCGCACGUGCGCGUAUGAACUUGGAGCUUGAAGCUGGCGGCUGACUCGAGUGACCAAGCUGGGCCGCAGUUGAAAGCCUAGUUGCAAGAUCGGCCGGCGUAAAUGUAACGGACCAGUGCAGUGUUCCUUGCCUGCCAUGGUGAAAAAGUGGUGAAAACGUGUUUUCUUUUUUUUCCUUUUGGGAUCAGUUUUGCGGAACUUGUGAACGAGUGCACGCAACACUUGGACAGCAGUGCUUUUGGUCACUGUUUGCUGGCAAAUGCAGCCAGCGGGCGAUUACCCCUGCGAGACUGGAAUGGACAGAUAGAAUUCGAGAAGAGCAACGACUACGGUUCAAAUGAACUCUCCUUUACACGCAUGAAACCCCGCGUGUACUUGUUCGACAGUAAUGUGCGAUACCCCUUAUGCGAGGACUAGUUGCGGACCAAUAGUGAGGCGUUUUGAGAUCGGUGACUUGUGCUGGGUUCGACCUGUAGAUCUUGAUGAACGCUCUUAUUUGUUUGCUUUACACGAUGAAGUGAUUCUUGACGGACAGUGCAAUGCACACUGCAUUGCAGCGCUUCACUGCUGAAACUUCUUGCCGCUAACAAAUGCCGGUGCUUUAUCAGUGAAAGCCGAAAGUGAAGUGUCUACGCCAAAGUUACACGAACGGACAAAAGCACCGUUCUGAACCACUUUUACUUGUUCUUUUUUAAAUUUCUUUUAUUCUACCUCUGUGCGAGGCACUCUCGUAUACGACGCCACCAAUUGUUUGCCACCGUCGUGUUUCGGUCACAGUUUUGACUAUAAAUUUCAGUGUUGUCAUGCCAAAGUCAAUUACGUAUGUAGGAAACUUAUGGUGCUUGGUGAACUCCUAAGAGUCUUGCCUGUGUACAAAAUAUAUUUAAUAAGCCUUUCGCUCUCGCCACUCUAUGGGUACAUACACGCAUCAUAUUUUUUUACCACAACAUUGUCAUCCUUUCACUGAUAGUUGUGUCAUGUUUCUGUACAGUGUCCCUCGUACUGUGGGUAUGUUUCAGGAGUGGCCUUGGGAGAUGUACGUUCUUUGUAAAUAAUAUAGAUAUGGAUAUGAAAAUUAUGCUUAAAAUCAAACUAUAGAUAUGAACAAACGAACUUAUCUGUGUGUGUACAUACGUAUUUUGUGUAAAUCGCCUUUUAAGUUGUAUAGAAACCUUGCAUGUGUCUUUAUUUUUGAAGCCGCUAAAUAAACUAUAGGUCAUAUAAUUAAUAGUUUUUUUGCAGUGUGACGAUAUUUUAACCACACAAAUUUAUUUGGCCAACUUUGCGUGUAAUAUGCGGCCUUAUGUAGAGUCUAAAGUGAGUAAAAUCAUAGGCGUCGGAUAUAUGUCGCUGUUUUAUUUGUUUGUUCCAGUUCCUAAAUUAAAGAGGUCCCAGAAGCUUGCUCUUGUGA